GUUAGCUGUCGCGAACAACAAUACAUCUUUCAAAGGUUUCUGUAAAGUUUUGUAAUCUUUACUUUGAUUUUGCAAAUUCUAAGAAUGUCGAAUAUGUCUGGAGAAGAUUGUGACGGUCUGGACCGAGGCGAUAAUGAUGGCCAGAAGUCGGAUAAAAUGUUCACGUUGAAGAAAUGGAACGCGGUGGCUAUGUGGAGUUGGGACGUCGAGUGUGAUACCUGCGCGAUUUGCCGCGUCCAAGUUAUGGAUGCCUGCCUCCGUUGCCAAGGCGAAAGCAAGAAGGACUCAUACGGCAAACAGGAUUGCGUGGUGGUGUGGGGCGAGUGCAACCACAGCUUCCACUUCUGCUGCAUGUCGCUGUGGGUCAAACAGAACAACCGCUGCCCGCUGUGCCAGCAAGAGUGGUCCAUACAGCGGAUGGGCAAGUGAAGCUUGUGGCCCUCUCUCUCUCGAUGGCCACGGAACGCACCCUCCGAGCGCGCACGCUCAUCGUCAUCGCUGAUCAACCCCCUUACAUUUGUUUUAUCAAAUAUAUUAUAUGACGAUCGGCAUCAGAAGGCCUAUAUACCGCGAAACACGAAGUUCGAAAUUUCGUUAUCUGCCUCUAUCACUCUUGCAUAUUCGAGCGAUAGGGAGAAUUCGAAUUUCGUAUUUCGCGGAUGGCCCUCAGCAUCGAGUGUGCACGUUCUGAGCGUACGUUUUACGACCGAGGCGUCUAAGGGGUUCAAAAAUGGAAUUCUCUUAACAACCGUCUCUGUGUAGGAGGGUACCUACAGGUGUAUUCAUGUAUAGUCGCAUAUGUAUAUUAUUUCGCGGAUGGCCCUCAGCAUCGAGUGUGCACGUUCUGAGCGUACGUUUUACGACCGAGGCAUCUAAGGGGUUCAAAAAUGGAAUUCUCAACAACCGUCUCUGUGUAGGAGGGUACCUACAGGUGUAUUCAUGUAUAGUCGCAUAUGUAUAUUAAUCGGUAUUUUGUUUGUAAAUUAUGAAUACAGAGAAUCUCUUUCAACAUUUGUUUUAAAUUAAUAUUGUGUGCAAUUAAAAUGCCAAACCUUAUACCUUAAGGUUGUCAAUUCCAGCUAGA